ACAACCUCAUCGGCCAUGGAGCCCAACUCUAGCACUUCAGAGGCUCGGCCCUCCAAGGCUUAUUCCUGCGUCCGAUGCUUCGAGCGCAAAGUUAAGUGCGACAAGCAGCAUCCGUGCAGCGGCUGUGUCCGCUCCAAAGUCGAAUGCGUCUUCCGUGUUCCCCCUGCUCCUCGCCGUCGCAAACGCAAGGCCCGAGAAGACGAUGUGCUCGCUCGCUUAAAGCACUACGAGGAGUUGCUUCGUGAUCAAGGCAUCGAUCCAACUACCCCGUCCACCACCCCUAGCAAAGUCGACACGACGUCCCCUCCCCUUGACGAUGCCGAUAAUUCCAUCACGUCGAUAUCAAAACCUGCAGAGCCCUCGUGGACGCCAGGCUCUCUUCACGGGAGACUGAUUAUCGAUCACGGAAGGUCUCGCUUCAUUCAAAAUAAACUAUGGACUACCGUCAGCGAAGAGCUCCAUCACAGCAAGGAUGUCAUCCAAGAUACUGACAGCGAGGACGAGCUGGGUACUCUUGCCGAUGACAGCACUGACUUCGUCCUUGGCGUGACGCCGUACCCGACUCUAACAUCGAGCCUGCACCCGAGUCCCGAACAUGUGCUCAAGCUAUGGCAGAUCUUCCUCACCAACGUCAACCCAUUGAUGAAGAUUGUCCACCAGCCUACCCUGCAGCGCACUAUUGAAGACGCCAUUCAGGACACCGACCAUAUACCCCGUGGACUCGAAGCCUUGAUGUUUGCUAUCUAUGGGGCCGCCGUCCUGUCCAUGCGUGAUGGUGAGUGUCAGGCAAUUUUUGGCGAGUCUCGUACAAUUCUACAAUCCAGAUACCGCCUAGGCAUACGCCGGGCCUUGACAAAGGCACGAUUCAUGGCGACUUCCGACAUCGUUGUCCUGCAAGCACUGGUCAUCUAUCUUCUCACUACACGUCAGGUUCUGGACGCUCGCACCUUAUGGACUCUCUCAGGCGUUGCAAGUCGUAUAGCUCAAGGCAUGGGCGUGCAUCGAGACGGCACCGUCCUUGGCCUUCCUCCGUUCGAAACAGAAAUGCGCCGCCGGCUUUGGUGGCAAAUUAACCUGCUCGACUUUAGAGCUGCUGAGCUGAGCGGUUUUGGCGGCUUGACGGAAGUCAACUGGUGGAACACCAAGACGCCGUCAAAUGUCAAUGACGUGGAUAUUUGGCCAGGCAUGAAAGAACAGCCUGUCGACCAAACUCGCCCCACCGAGAUGGUCGUCUGCUUGCUUCACUAUGCAGUCGGCGCCUUCUGGAGGCGAAAGCUUCUGCAGGCAGGCACUCCCGAAGAAGACCUCAACCGGGCCAUGCAUCGCUGGGUGGCAACGAAGACGUUGGCGGAAAAGGACGCGUUUGUUGAUGAAUUUCAGGCUAAUCUGGAAGAGAAGGUGCUAAGAUAUUGUGACCCUUCGAUGCCGCUCGAGAUGAUGGCUUUGAUCAUUGGCCGUACCAUGUGCAAGAGCAUAAGAUUCAUGGCGCACCACCCUCGGCGCUACGCAAAUGAGAAAGAUAUCCCUGACAGCGAACGCCAAUUUCUGUGGACGACAAGCAUGGCUCUGAUGGAAGCCGACAACCUGGCGCAUUCUCAUCGGUCGCUGCAGAGGUUCAGUUGGCACAUCGACGCCGGGUUUCAAUGGCAUUCCUUCAUAUUUGCGCUAGGGGAGCUCAUAGCCAGGCCAACCGGCGAAAGCAAGGACGAGGCGUGGAUACAGAUUGAGGACGUUUUCAAGAACCAUCCUACAUUCAUAUCGGACCAAAAGAAGCCGCUGCAUAUCGCAAUCGGCAAUUUAUGCUUAAAGGCAUGGCGAGCCCGCGAAAAGGCACAAGCAGAAAAUCCCCAGGGUUUGCAAUGGCUCGACAAACCGCAAUUCAUCCUACAGCUUCGCAAACAGCGAGAGGCUCAAGAGGCGAAGGCAGAUGCCAGUCGAGCCGCAGCAUCGCACCUGAAUUCCACGCUUCCAGCUGAAGACACAAAUCUGGCAAUAGAGUCGCUGCCACGGGAUACUUCAACCGCAGAGACCAUGCCUAGUGUCCAGCAAUUUGAACAGCCAGUCAAUACAUUGGACCCUACAUUUUCCCCACACGACUUUUCUGUCAUGGACAAUAUGGCAAUGGACUGGCAAAGAUGGGAUACACUGCUUAAUGAUUUUGAACUACUUACGCAGCCGGCCACCAUGAAUCCGGGCCAUUUACAGCACCUCGGACAGUACGGUCAGCAAGGUUAUUCGUGGCCGUUGUCGCAAAUGUAUGACAACCCAUGAAACGGAAGAUAUCUCGAGCGGGAUGUGACAAAUGACCCCUGCCGGCGCGUCAACUAUCUUGCUCUUGCCAUCAAUGCCCGAAUCUUCCGCAUUUGAGACAGUGGCCUUCAGACCCGAGGCCCCUUUCAUUCUCAUUGCCAGCAUGAGUCCAAUACCAUCUUACCACCUUGGAUGAGGCCCAGUAUAACGUCUCUAUUGCUCAAACCCGAUGCGUGGAGGCCCCCAUCUGGGAUGAUGCGAAUGUGAGGUAGACUGACGGGCGGCUACCUGGGUAUCAUGUUGGCAGGAGCUGCGGACAGAAGAUUGAUUCAAAUGGCGUCCUUCAGUGCAAAAUCAUUGACUACCCAACGAGCCAACCUGCAAUCGGCUCUGGCUUUCACAUCCGCCAGUGGAACGCCUAGCAGACAAACACCGCCCCCAGCUGCCGAGCCAGGUCAAUCGAACUCGUCUGAAUAGCACACCCCUGCCAGAAAAAGCAGCCCACAUGCACUUGGUCAUGUUCUACUCCGUUGUGAGUCGCUCGGGCGACAGUUGCCCGGUUGGCUCGCUUGGAGCUUCACCCCAGAGCAGUUCUCUCGAGCUUUACGCGACGACAGGGCCACUAGCCUCCAGACUUCUCCUGAUUGAUGCGUAGCGGCACCAUAUCGAGGCGGGCAUUUACGUGGACGCUAGGAUUUCUGCGUCGGCCGGAUGCAAACGUGGCUGGAAGCCUCGAUAUGUCAAUGUCCUCGAGCUGGGGUUGCGGAUCUGGUCAACCGGCGCGAAGCUCAAGGGAGUGGGCCUGAGAAAUGAGAUGCAAGAUUGCCGACUCUGAUCACAGUUGCCACCACAUCGAUAGGCUAGCUCUAGCACUGUCUGAUUGAUUCAGAUUAUGCCUGGGACUCCUCGAGUCGAGCCUACGCCGCAGUUCUACUCCUUGGCCACCUCUGUCACCUCGCCCAGGAUCUCCAUCUUUUUGUCCUUUCCCAAGGCCAAGGCGUCCACAAUUCCCUCCCUAUCUUCUGGCGCCACACCCAUGAUAGCCCUCAACUUAGGCGCCUCACUGUGGACCUCUCCGUCGAGAUUCUCAUCAAUCUCCUCCAAUGUGCGCCCGCUAGUCUCAACCCAGAACACCAAGACGACCACCAGCUCAAGAACGUCCCACGCACCGUUGAUCAUGUACGUCUUCCAGCCAAUGGCUUCAAGCGCAAAGGGGAAAGAGAAGGUCACCAUCAACCCCACACCGUUUACGAGGAAGGUAUAAAUACCCAUGCCAAGCGAACGGAGACCAUAGUUGAGGACUUCCGGCGGGUACAGGACAGUGAGAGGCGUCCAGCCGAAGCUGUAUGCUCCCUGGAAGAGGAAGAUUGUAGCGACUGUCCCGUAGAUCCCGGAGUUGUUUGUCGAGUCGCCGUAGACUUUGGUCAACCCGCCCACGAGGAAGAUGAAGAUGGUCAACAGUCCCGUGGAAAUGGCGGCUAGAGACCUACGGCCUAAUUUGUCGGCCAUGGCGGUGCCCACAAGUGAAACGACCAGACACCAUGCGUUGAGGAUGAUGUUGAUCUCCAGCUGUGUGGUCGAGUUCGUGACUCCCGCCUGGGUGAGCAUGGUCCCGAAAUAGUAUGAAAUGAUGUUGUUCCCGGAGAGCAUGGAGAAGACGGCGACGGUGCAGACCAAGAAUAUACGCUUGCGCGUGGACGCGCUGUUGGCGAAUUGCUUGACGAACGACGGUCUCUCGAACGACUUCUCGAACGCCAGCGUAUCGGUGAUCUGGCGGAAUUGAACAGCUACAGCCGGGUCAUCGAUGUUCCCGUUGGAAUGAGUCUGUGCCAGUGCCAGGAGAGCUUCUUGGCUGCGUCCCUGAUCUUGAAGCCAUCGAGGAGACUCUGGUGUGAAUGGGAUAAGGACUAUGCAGAGAAUGCUGAACAGGCCUUGCAGAGCUGACGGCAAACGCCAGGCCCAGGUGGAAUCCAUCUUUGCGGUGCCAUAGGUGACGCCAGCAGCGAUCAAACCGCCUAUUUGCUUGUCAAUUUUCCAUCACUCCAGAACCUGCGAGAGGAGAGGACGAGCAAUGACUUACCGACAUACCAAAAGUCAUACAGAAGGGCCAGCGAAACAGCGCGGAGCUUCACAGGCACUGUCUCCGACAAGUACACGGGCGCGGCGAUGGAUGAGGCGCCGGUGCCGAAGCCAAUGAUGAUCCUCGCGAUCACAAACAUGGCGAUAUUCUGAGCGGCGGUCUGGAGGAUGACACCGAUGAUGGUAGAGACGGCACCAAAGAACAGAGCCCAUUUGCGACCAAUCCAGUCGGGGACUUUGGCAUACGCGAUACCUGCUAUGGCGCUGCCCAUCCACACUGAGGCCGUGUUGAGCGCCAGAGUGGCCGUGGUGAGGGUAAAGUAGUCCGUGUACGAGGGGAGGAUGUUGAGUCCGUUCAUCAUGGAACCAUCAAAGCCUAGAGUCUGCAUGCCCGCCUGUGUCAGCCUAUGAUCGAUGCCAUGAUGGUCGACUGCACCAGAACCAAGCCAAAGGUAUGUACUUACAGUGGAUGUCACACAUGACGUGAGGACCAAGAUGGUGCAGGCAAGCCACGACUGGCGAGGCACCACUGCCGGCAGCUCCCAAGGCAUCGGCGACAUUGUGGCUUCGAUACAAAGUCUUUCUUUGCGCAAAUGGUUGCUGGCUUGAGGAAAAUAUGCAAGAGACCGACUUCGAUGUUCUUGUCAAGUCUGUUGCUGAUCGAGGACCCGCUCUAUUAUAUAUACCUGCUUGAGAGUCUCGUCUGGGCCAGAGACGACACACGGCUUGCAUGCUUGAGCCAGCCAGGCCAGGUGUAUUACCACCCGUUAUCGCAGAAGCUUUUCAGUAGUAGAUAUGGAGGUGUCCGCCAGUGUGGGACGGAUAACGCGGCGAAUCUCCUCCAAACAACAAGCUCCGGGACACUGGUUCUAGCCCUACCGUCCCGUCCAUUUGGGUUCGCGUUAUCUGGAGAAGGGGACCAGGGCCUGAU